CCGUUCCGCCUCCAACCCGGGGAAGGCCUUCCGCUAGUCGCCACGCGGGGACGACAUUCCGCGACGAGGAGGGCGACGAAAGGCGGCGAUGGCGACUGAACCCAAAGCCCCUCCGCUCCCCUCCCCACCUCCGGCGGCCGGAGCAAGGUCCUACCCUGCCACAUCGCCCCAUCCUCGGCCGCAUCGCCCCCUCCCCAAGCCUCUCCCCUACCCCGUCGUCCCCUCCCGACCGCAUCGCUCCCUCCCCGACCGCAUCGCCGACCGCAUCGCGCCGGUGAAGACGCGGUGUUCACGAUCUAGAAGAUUUGCUACGGGAGGGGUUUCUUGCUCCAGAUCAAAGAACCUUAGCCCGUGGAGUGACAUAAUCGGAGCACGAUGUGACUCCGGCACCAGCAGCAACAAUCAAAACAGCUGCAAGUUCAGAAACUGACCGAGGUAAAACGUUGCACUUCAGGGCUGAGCAGAAGAUGUCCUCCAUCCUUUCAUGCGAGAACACCAAGAAGUCGUCGAUCGAAGCGAAGCUGUGCACACGAGAGAGAGAAGAAGAAGCACUCGUGAUCAUGGACGACACUUGGGUGGCGUGGCCGCCGGUUUUUGGUCACGGGAGAAUCUAUAUUGACGAGCUGGAGCUGCCAGCGAGACCCCUGGCCGCGACGGCGACGAAGGGCUCAGUUUCUUCUGGCUGCGGCGGUGACGAAGGGCACAAUUCCUCUGGCCGCGGCGUCGAGGCAGGGCCAAAAUUCGUCGACAAAUUUGUUCCUCGGCGGCGGACGGCGAGGGAGCACUCAGCUUCUUCUGGCCGCGGCCGCGAGUCAGGGCCCAAAUUCAUCAAUGAAUUCAUUUGUUGGAGGCAGACAGCGAGGGAUCUGCAUAGUCGGGGGAGAACGACAAUGGGAGUAGCGCGGCCGUAGGAGGGAGUGUGGCUAGCAGGCCGCCGGCUGCCAGGUCAACUCGCCCCGUUCAGCGUCGGCGACCUCCUCCGCCUACACGAUGCUGGUGUCUGCGAGCUCGUUCCGCUCGUUCGCGUUCUGGAUGAUGGAGUCUGGGAGCUCGUGUGCAUCCGCCGUAUGCUGGCCUGCGCGUCCGCGCGAUGGAAGCAGGCCGGCGACGGAGCAGACGAGCGACGGCGAGAAGAAUGUGUUUUUGCAAUUUGGUUUGAAGCCCAGAUCUGAACUAACCAGAGUUUAUUAGGGGGUGUUUUGCAAAAAUGUAAAUGAACUGGGGGAGGGGGGGCUCCGACCUCUUUUGCGUGACGGAGGGAGUAUGAAGAAACGUUGAAUUUUGGCUUUA